AUGGAGGCCUUUGACAUUCCACCGAAUCAGACAUUGUAUGUGAACAACCUGGAGGAGAAAAUAAAUGUAAACGAUUUAAGGGAUCUGUUGUUCGAAUAUUUCUGUCCCUAUGGAAACGUCUUGGACAUUGUUAUAAAGAAGGCGAACCAGUCAAGAGGGCAAGCCUUCGUCGUCUUCAACAAUAUCGCAUCCUCCACGUUAGCCUACAAAAACUUAAAGGGAAAGUUGUUCCUUAACAAACAAAUAAACAUCAACUAUGCCAAGACCAAGUCCAGGAUCGUAGAAAAACUGGAUGGUACGUACAAACCAAUUACUAAUUACAAAUCCGCAACAGGCCACGGAAGUAGGAUAAACGUUUUCACGCUGUUUGUCCAAAACCUACCGAACGAAAUUAAUAAAAAUGCUCUGGAAAUCCUCUUUAAUCAGUACCCUGGUUUUUGCGAGGUGAGACAUAUCCCCGGCAGAAACGUAGCUUUUGUGGAUUUCAGCUCUUACCAGAAUGGCGAGGUUGCCAUGAACGGUUUGCAGAACUUCAAGGUUACUCCUCAACACCCGAUUAAAAUUUCAUGGUCUGGCUGA